UCGUAGUUCUCGUUAUUUACAAAUGAUUUGUAGUCAACCGUCCUUUAAUAUUUUGUAAUUGUAGUUACAUUAAAGAAAUUUCUUAAAAAUGGCUGAUGUAAGGUUACUUAUACAAGAAGAAGGUCGGGCAGCUAGAAAUUUAAUAGCUUUCAAUGUGCCAGUUGGAACAAAUAAUGCUGAGAAGGUUACAAAAAAGCCCCCUAGUGUUCCAAGAGUAUCACAGACACAUGCUACUAAAAGAUCUAUGAAACCAACAACUAGAGUAAGAUCAGCUUCUACUGGUAGAGAUAAAAAAUCUGAAUUACAGGCAAGGUAUUGGGCUUUCUUAUUUGGUAAUUUGCAAACAGCAGUAGAUGGUAUUUAUCAAACUUGUGAGGAAGAUGAAAAUAUUUCUGAAUGUAAAGAAGUGAUACUAGUUUUAGAGAACUAUACCAGAGAUUUUCACAAUUUAAUUGAAUGGUUUAAAGUCAAAUGGGCUUAUGAAAAUUCACCACCACCUUUGAGAAGAACACCAUUAGCUUGGGAAGUUAGGAAAACUUCUCCUUGUCGUAUUUGGAAUUCAACAAUGAUUCCAAAAUCUACUAGUCCCUUACAAAGAAUGAGUCCCACAGAAUCUGUAUGUAGAAGUCCCAUUGAUCAAGUUAUUUCAGAAAAUAAACCUGUUACUAUUGAUAAUAAAAUAAAUCAUAUAAAAGGAGAAUCUGUACACAAGUUAACAAAAGAUAGUAAAAGUAAUAUUUCCAAAAAUAAUGCAACAAAUGUAAAUGAGAAAUGUAAAAAUACAAUAGAUAAGGGAACAAAUCAGUCAUUAAGUAAAGAUAAAUUAACUUCAAUAAAAACAAAUAAAACUCUUGGAAAACACACAGUGUCUGCCAAAACAAGUAACAGCAUUAUUGCAGAUCAAAAAACUAAUGAAACUUUAUCUCGUGAAAUAAAAAGUAAAUGGGACACUAAAGGUAUAUCAAAGCUUGUUAAAACUGGAAUGCAUCAAACUACAGUUAAAAUAACAGAUUCCAAUGUGAUAACUGAAAGAAAUGAGCAAGUAGUUCAUACUGAUAAAAAUGUGCAAUUAAUUACUUGUGUAUCAACAGAAAAAGAAUUUUCAAAAUCAAGUAAUGUGGAUAAUAAAUUGAAUUCUCAAAGUAACUUCCAAGUGAAGCCACUGGGUCCUAAAAAUGACUUAGGGCUAGAGAAAAAUGAAAUCAAUGCUAAAGUAAAAACACAAAGCACUGGAAAAAUUAUUAAAGCUGCUGGUAUAGAAAAUGUAGCAACUGAAAAUAAAAUAACAGAGUCCAAUGUGGCAAAAGAAAACAGUAAUAUUGUGGUGAAUAGAAAUAUACAAAAUAUGACAAAAGUUUCCAAUAAAAUUAAUCAAAAAUUAAAAAGGCAAUCAAGUGUGGGUGACAGUGCAAAUAAUAAAACUGCACUAAAAUCUGUAUCUGAUAUAUCAUCCAAUAAUUUAAAUAAAGGAUUAAAUAAUACAAAUAAACCAGCAUAUUCCACUGUAUCACAAAUGAAAGUUGCUAAAUUAAAACAACCAAAUCUCCCUGAAACUCCAAAGUUUGUUAGGAGUAAAACUACAUUAAGUGAUAGAAGUACAUCAACUUCUAAUAAAAUAAGACCUGGAACAUCAGUGAUACUUAGACAACGAUUUCAGCCAAUUGACAAUAAGAUUUCAGAACAAAGUUCAUUAAAGAAAGAUCAGAAUAGAGAUAUAAAUGGAUCAGUGGAAGUAUUAACAAAAGAAACACACGUUACGAAAACAAAAGACGAAGCUGAUGGCUGGCAAACAGUUCGUGGUCGUUGCAGGAGAGGCAGUACUCAUAAUUUAAAUAUGUCUACGAGAUUUUAUAAACCGAGUACCGCUACAUCGUUACCGGCCUUGUCAAUUGAAAGUCCUUCGGAAAAAAAUAAAAAAAUUUGUUUAACGCCAGAUGGAAAUGGCAAACAAAAAAAGAAAUGUAUUGUAGAGAAAGAGGGAAAAAAUAUAAGUAACGAGGUAGAGAAAGUCAAAGGGGAGUCGGUUGUAAACCUUACCAUUAAGGAUAAGGUAGAAGAAGCUUUUAAGAAUACUGCUAAUUUAAAUGAAAUAAAUUCUACGUCAAUGAUCGCAGCUAUUUUUAAAAGCGAUGCAGAAUUGCUUGAGAAACGUAUACAACAAUUUAUGGCUGCUCAAGCAGAGAGAGAGAGAAUAAUUUUAGAAGAGGAAAGGAAGACUGAAGAAGCCGAUUCGCAACGCUCACAGCAGUUAUCAGAUGAAGAAGCAGCUUUACAUAGACAGAUUUUAGAAUUAGAAUGUACCGAAACUGACAUCGAUACUGAAACUGACGAAACAGAUGGCGAAAUGGUCCUCGAAAUGGAAGAUGAACAAGAAACAUCUCCUAGUACAAUGCCUGACGAUGUUAGUUUGGAAGAUAGAUACGAAAAUAUAUUAGAUGGAAUGUCUUGGGCAGAGUGUGUAGACACGCUUGCUCAGUUACGCGCCUUAGUAGCCCGCCAUCCUGGUAGAGCUUUAGAAUUACAUCAGAAGCUCUCGUCUCCAUCACGAAAGAGAUCGUUGCCUGAAACGUUGCGACGGUACCAAGCAAAACAAGCUUGUGCACAACAUAAACGCCAAAAGCUCUUAAUGGAAAAGUCGCAAAGAUUACGAGAAUUGUUAAAUAAGGUGAAAGAUGUUAAGAGUGCAAAGAACCAAUUGAUCGAAGAUAAGAGGGUCAGAAUGGAAAUGAAAUUAAAAAAGGCAGAAGAAAAUAGAACGCAACAUUUAUUAGAGGUAGUAAGAAAAGCUCAUGAUGAAGAUUCCAAACUAAAAGAAAUUGCAUUUAUCAAUGAACUUGAAGCUCAAAACAAAAGGCACGAUUUUAUGGCACUAUGCCAAGAACAGGAAGAAAGAUUACAAGGUAUUCAAGAAGAACGUCAACGCCGACAAGAAGAGAAAGCUGCUAAAGAAGCUGCGGCUGAAGAACGCAGACGGGCUAUAGAAGCAGAAAGGCAGUUGCGUAUUCAAAAAAUGAAACAAGCUCGCCGCGAACGUGAAGAAAGAGUUGGUAAAAUGCAACUGGAAAGAGAAAAAGAGCGACAAGAACAUGCAAGAGAAAAAGCUAGAGAUAGAGAGGAACGUUUGUCUGCACUUCAUGCAGCUCAGUUAGCAAAUCAAGAAGAAUUACAAAAGAAAAUAGCUCAAAAGCAACAAGAAUCAGCUAGAAGACACGUUGAAAAUAUAGAACACAUUCGACAAAGAGCAGUUGAAUCUUCGAUUUUAAGAUCCGAGGAAGUUCCACCUACACUAAAAUCGUACCCUGCUCAUAAGCAGUGCUCCUUAUGUGGAACAGUUAUACCUAACGAAGUACAUUUGUUAAGCCAUUUAAAAGGGAAAACACACAUUGAAGCAGUGCGUAAUACACACGAUGGUCGCGAACCUUCACGAGAUGAAUUACAACGCUUUAAUAUAUUACAAAUCCGCGAUUUACCAGUUUCAGUUGUUGAUAACAAUAAUUCGAACGAAAUUAAAGCUGCAAAAGAGAAACAGAAAGCUUUAAAACGUCGAUGUCGAAAAAUGAAACAACGCAUGAAUCUACGUGGUAAAGAGUGGGAAGAUAAUCAUAAAGUGGACGUAAAUCAAUCUAUCGAAUCAACCAACAAAGUGAAGUUUCGGCGAAAUUUAAAAGAACUGGAUCGAUUGUACAACAAUCACUUGAAAACUGCAUGGUCAAGCGUCGCUAUUGCUGCUUUGGAACGUUGUCUAGGUGAAAUAUCAAGAGCUUUUUCAAAAUCGUGUCCAUUCGAUCAAAAUGCAUUUCGAAUUUUAAAUGGGUUCGAUGUUUUAACUAAUCUAUUGAAUGUGGAGCUACAAACACAAAAUGUAUCUCAUAAUCUUCCAAACAAAAGCAUCCUUUCGGUGUGUCGUGUGUACAAGCUUAGUAUCAAUGGGAAUGACACUAACAUCGAAGCGGUUUUGUCGAGCAAUAAAAUUCUCGUCAUUUUGGAUCUUCUGCUUCAACAUUUAGAGACACUCACAAAACUUGACGACCCAGUGCAAGUGCAAGAGGCAUCCGGUAAUUCGACCGGAAGCGGAAUCGUAGCCAACAGCCUAAUGCAAUUGCUGUGCAGUCUAAUCCCGGAGGAACCCUUUGAAAAAUCGGCAUUACAAACACGGGUUCUGGAUAUUGCUGGAUACCUGAUAGCAGGUGGAUUAGUAGAUCGAGUUAUUCGUCACAGUCGCGCUCUGAUCGAAACCGACUUCUUCGUGGAUCAGGACCACGAAUCGCCAGUUUUGUUGUCCUCGUACGAUCUCCUCCAUCGUAUAUGUUGCCACUUGAAGAAGUCAGUGGAUCAAGAGACUGGAACCGUUCACGAGAGUAGCAACAACGUCGAACAGACAAGCUUCGAGUCGCACCUACUCUCAACAUUAUCCUCGACUGAGGCCGCUGGUGCGAUCGGUGCGCUUUAUACAGCAAUUGCGUUGACGCCGCAAAAUCAGAAGGGAUCAUCACCGACGCCUAAUCAGACCACACUCUCUCAGUCUACAAGAAUUCUGGUUGUUCGCAGCCUUAGACUACUUAAAUCGAUUGCCGGAUUGAAUCUUCAAAAGUUACAGAAUCUCUUAGGAGCAGAAGGCACUAGUCUGCAAUGGCGACUGAUAGCUAGUCAUCUCAUAACCCGAUUAUCACGAGAUCCAAUAUCGCACAAGCCAGAAAUUGGAUCAGCGCAGAACACUAGUGGUACUUACAUCCUGUCAGAACUAUUUCAAGUUCUGGGAUAUUUUGCAGUUAACAACCCGGACAAUCAGUUAAUACUCCAAUCGGCUGGGUCUGGUCCGAGCGUUCUUCAGCAAUUGUGUACCCUGCCAUUUCCAUUUUACGGAGCUCCAGGACUAACGUCGUAUAUUUUCCCCACACUUUUGGCGGCCACACAUCAAAAUCCAGAAGCAACGGCAAUUCUGUCCUGCGAAUUGUCUUAUCAGCUACUGGAAGAGUACAGAAACUCAGACGAUGGUAAGCUGAAUCCGUUGGUUCGUUUGCUGAAAGACUCGGCUAGUCCGUAA